UCAUAAGAUGUCGAAAUGCAGAAAUCUCCAAACGAAAAUUCCUGGAAUAGCUUCCUAAUCACCGUGGGGUUAAUUUUUUAAAAGAUCGUUUUUCGUUAUUCAAAACCGGGAAAAAGUAGUGCACCAGUUUAAGUUUUAAUUUUAGUAUUCUAUCUCAAAGUUCCUGUAUGUACGAUUGGUCUACGAAUUUGAAGAAAAAGUGUGAAAAUGGGCAACAAAAAGAAAUCUAAAGAUAAACACCGCCAUAAAAAGGAUAAAAAGCGAAGAUCAGACAGUGAUUCAGAGUCUGAUUCCUCAAGAGGGAAAUCACUGCGGAGGUACAGAUCCUACUCCAGGUCCCCAACCAGACGACGUAGAUCACGAUCUAGAUCACCAGUGAUCAGGGAAAGAUCAAGAUCUCGCUCAGACUCGAGAAAAAAGGACAAGUAUAAAGGGUCAUCCAAGAGUUCACACAAAAGUAAAAGGCGACGAUCACCCUCGAGUUCUUCAUCUGAGUCAGAUUACGAUGGAGGGUCAUCUCGAAUUAAAAACAUUGAAAAGGAAAAAAUUGAGAAAAUUAUAAAAAGUAAAGAAGAAAGAAAGAAAGAAAAAGAGUUACUGAAACAAAUGGAAACACCAGAGGAAAAACGUGCUAGAAGAUUGGCAAAGAAAGAAGCCAAAGAGAGAAGGCGUAAGGAGAAAAUGGGCUGGGAUAAAGAUUAUUUGGGGUACACAAAUUCAGAUAAUCCUUUCGGGGAUGAAAGUCUUUUAAACACAUUUGUUUGGGGCAAGAAAAUGGAAAAAGAAGGGAAGAAGCAUCUGAAUGAGGAGGAAAUACAUAGGCAUCAGAAAAUGAAACUGGAGGAGAGUAGGAGAGAGUUGGAAAAAGUCAAGAAAAGGAGAUUAGAGAGAGAAAGACAAAUGGAAGAGAGGGAUCAAGAAAGAGAGCUUAUGCAGAGAGAAAAAGAAUCAGAGUACUACAGAGAAUGGGAAAAACAGGAAGAUUAUUUUCAUCUGAACCAAGCAAAACUCCGGUCACAGAUUCGUAUUCAAGAUGGAAGAGCCAAACCAAUUGACUUAUUGGCCAAGUACAUCAGUUCAGAGGAAGAUGAUCUUGCUGUAGAAAUGCAUGAGCCAUACACAUACCUCUAUGGAUUAACAAUAGCUGACUUGGAAGAUUUACUAGAAGAUAUCAAAGUCUACCUUGAACUGGAACAAGGCAAAAAUGUAGAGUACUGGAGAGAUAUCAUUACCAUUGCCAAUGAUGAGCUCUCCCAGUUGAGGAAACUGGAUUCAAGUCAGAGAGACUUUCAGGAUAGAAGGGAGAGAAUCAAUGAAUCAGUCAGUCAUGAAGUUCAGUCCAUCUUCAAAGGAAAAACUACAAAUCAGCUGUUGUUACUGGAAGAACAGAUAAAGAAGAAGUUACAGGGUGGAGAAGGAGUGGAUGUAGGUUACUGGGAGUCAUUACUUCAGCAGCUGAAAGCACACAUGGCCAGAACAAGGUUAAGUGAGAGGCAUCAAGAAAACCUGAAGCUGAAACUUUUCAAAUUAAAACAGGAGCAAGGUAUUGACUCAGGUCCAUUGUUCCCUGCUGGGCUGUCUCGGGGGAGUAGCAACAAUAGCACCCCUGACAGGAGGAACUCCCCCGCCCCCUCAGCACUCGGGAGACUGUCUCCAGCACCCCCUAGGAGCAAGAACCAGUCACCAGCACCUGCUGAUAGCAGAGAGAAGCAGCCUUCCCCCGGGCCAUCCACCAGUGCAAUAAAUGUAGAAGCAGAGGAAGAUGGAGAUCAAGCGGGGCCUAGUGUUGAAGCAGAAGAAGACGAAGAUGAUGAAGCCUUGAUUACUGAGGAAGACUUGGAGGACCAGGCCUAUGUGGACUAUGACACUGGGGGGUAUUCCCCCAAACUCCUGAGGCAGGCUGAUCUGGAGAUUGAUUCUGUCGUGUAUGACCCCACGGAUGACAUGAGGAAACUGGAACUGGCCCGGCAGCAAGUGUUGUCCACAGGACGAGUCAGGCUGGAUGGAGAAACAGAGUUUGAAAAGAAAGCCAGGGAGGGAAUGAAUGAUGAUGAGGCGACGUUUAGCGUGGAGGUUCCAACUGAACACCAGAAGUUUCUGUGGUCAGACAAGUACCGACCCCGCAAACCACGAUUCUUCAAUCGAGUACACACUGGGUUCGAGUGGAACAAGUACAACCAGACCCAUUACGACAUUGAUAAUCCACCACCCAAAAUUGUGCAGGGAUACAAAUUCAAUAUUUUUUAUCCUGAUUUGAUUGACAAGACAGAUACCCCAGAAUACACUUUAACUCCAAUUGAAGGCAACAAAGAUUUUGCUAUCCUAAAAUUCCAUGCCGGACCACCUUAUGAAGACAUUGCAUUCAAGAUUGUCCACAGGGAAUGGGAGUACUCCUAUAAACAUGGAUUUCGGUGUCAGUUUCAGAAUAACAUUUUCCAGCUCUGGUUUCAUUUCAAGCGUUAUCGUUACAGGCGAUAAAUUCCAAAUUUGUCACUUUAAUCACUGUGUGAUGAAAUGUUUGUCUCUAUAUUGUAUGUAAAUUAAAGAUCACAAAAUAAAAUCAUCAAGUCAUUUUGAAA